AGAGGAAGAGAGAGGGAGAAAGCGAAAGACAGAAAGGGCGGACGGAGAGAGGAACGGUCCUAUAAUAUACACAGAUCCCGCUCACCCUGCUCCACACCGAAAGAAACACUGUAAUCACGGCGGAGCAGUGUCCAUCUCCCGGGUAAUCGUCCCACACAUCCCGGCGCGCGCCAUGAAUCUGCACCCAACGGCGCACGUGUUAUUUUUAUGCGCCGCUCUGUCAUCUCUCGUCGGUUUCGCGGUGGCCGGUGUAGAGAUGACCACGACGACGACGACCGCACCAUCGCCUACAAAUAGGCUCGAGGCCGAUUUCGCUGCAGUGACCAAGGUGCUCGCCUCCAAGUUUCUGCCCAGCGUGUCGGACCUGAUCACAAGCCCGGACCUGAGCGUUGCCUGUUCAGCGAGUGUCGUGAAGCUCCUGCUCGGAUUAAAGAACAAGGAUGCCUGGGCUAUAAAAAUGCUCCUCUCCAACGGGUUCCUCCCCAGCAACAUCUUCGAGGGCGGCCAGGUGAACAUUGGUUCGUACGAGCAAUGCCUCCACACUAGGAUGGUCAACAGCGAGGGCCAGAAGACGAUGCAGGGGCAAUAUUGUUCACUGCACGUCAGAAUGCCCGUCGACCUCAUGGGCCCGCUUGUCGACAGUUUCCACAAGAUUGGGGAGCUCCUGGGGCGUAAAAACCCGCUUACGCGGACCACGCACAACAAAUUCGCUGGCACGGAUUACCGCAUCGGGAUCUGCACCCCGUCGACGUGCACCACAGAGGACCUGCAAGUGUUGGCCAUAAAAAUGCUCGGCCAGUAUGGGAUAAACUCCACCGUCAGAAGCUGUCGUACGGACGCUCCUAAGGUCAUCACAAAACUUCAAGCAGCAUCCAUGGCAGUGCUAGGAGGUCUUGCACUGACGGUUAUUGUGGCAACGCUUACGGAAUGGCUGAUGGAAGCACGCGGUGCAUGCAACGCCAAGCAGAAGGACGGCACGAUGCUUGGAACGCUGCUGUACUUCUCUGCUAUAAGCAACACACGCUACCUGCUGCGCACCGAGAACACGGACAAGAACCGGCCUCUUCUCUUCCUCGGCGGCUUCAAGGUGCUGCUCAUUCUGUGGGUCAUAUACGGACACGCCUACAUAAUGGUGCAACUCGAGUUCUCCGGGAACUUGUUCAAUAUAGAAAACAUCAGCAAGAAGGUUCUCUCGCAGAUAAUCCCGAACGGGUUCCUCAGCGUUUCCACGUUCCUAUAUCUAAGUGGCUUCGUGUUAACGUUUUCACUACUUGGCUUUCGGCAAGGUUUGUACAAGCAGAACCUGUUCAUCGUUUUCCUCAUUGGUUGCUGCAAGCGUUAUAUCAGGUUGACAAUACCAAUCAUUGGAGUCAUCUUGGGCACAUUUUUGCUUCCACUACUAGUCGAUGGUCCAGCGGAUCAAGAUUUCGUGGCGAGUGAAGUGCAGGGCUGCAUUUCAAAAUGGUGGACCGUGUUCCUGCACUUUAACAACUUCAACUCGAUGAAUGACAUGUGCCUGCAACAUCUGUGGUACGUGAGUGCCGACAUGCAGCUUUUCCUUUUUGUGGCACUUCCACUGACUCUCAUAUUCGUCAGGCACCCCAAAAUCGGUCUGGUGCUGUCUGCUGCGCUCGCCAUUGCUUUCACUGUGAUGACCGCGCUUCAGAUUUACUACUCGAAUGUCGCAUACUCCAUGACCGUGGCGACAAACGACCAAAGAAAAGUAUACCGUUCUCUAGAGUUAAUCUACUACAAGCCUUUUACGCACGUUGGUACGUACGUAGUGGGCCUCGUAGCUGGAUACCUUGCACUGGAAUACAGAAACAAGCCCAUUCACAAGGUGAUCCAGACAGUACAGUGGUUGUUGUCCAUAGGGCUGGCGUGCUUCGUGAUGUUUGCGACGGUGUACUGGAACCAAGGCAACACACCAAACAAGGCAGCAAAUGCCCUCUACGGCGGAUGCCAUCGGCUCCUUUGGGGGCUAUCGCUUGCUUGGCCAUCGUUUGCCUGCGCUACAGGCAGAGGAGGCAUCUUGGACGGUUUCUUGUCAUGGAAAGCCCUGAGGCCUUUGUCACGACUCACAUACUGCAUAUAUCUUGUCCACUUGUUGUUCUUCCUAAUUCGCAUGGGGAACAUGAAAACAAAUUUUGAACUUGACGAAUACAUGCAGCUAAUGAUGUCACUGGGAAUAUUCUGCUACAGCCUAUUUUUCGGCUACCUGCUGUAUUUGUGCUUUGAAGCACCAGCCUUCCACUUGCAGAGAAUUUUAUUCAAGAUGCCCACUAGCUCAAAAUCAUCGCAAAGAAAGAUCGACGACCACUCUACUACGGAAGUCGAUAUCGAGAAAGCCAGCUCCGAGAGCAGCAACAACAAUCACGGCAACUGCAAGAAGAAAAGUUCCAUUGAUAACGCCGGAUUUGUACCAGAUGCUGAGAAGUCACAUUUGUAGUUUUAUCUCUGUCGGAUGUGUGGCUACGGGCGCCCUUUUGCGUACAAGAGCAUUCCUCCUUCAAUUUGACUUCGUGUGCAAGGCGCGCUGAUGAAGCACACCUGCUGUAAGUGUUGCCUGUACAUUUAUUUGUGCAGGUCGCGGGAAACUAGAUUUGUUAAGUUAGGAAUAAGGAGGGGCUCUGUGUUGUGUUACCGAAUGAUGACAUACGUAAUAGUACAAUCACUGGUUUUCCAUCGUUGCAGAACACCAUUUUCCCCAUCGUUAGAAAAAUAUUGUGUAUGCGUGUGUGUUGUGAGUCGUUGGUUAUGCCAGGAAAUAUGCGAAUUUGUUUCGUUGUUGUUGGUUGAGGUUACGGGGGCAUGUAUUGGAGGGAUUUCCGACAAGCAGUUGUAAAAUAUUUUGUAUAUUCUUUUCUGACCUAAAUACCUCAAAAACGAUACCUCUACAUGAGUGAGGGAGUGAAACAACGUUAUUUAGUCCGAAAUAGACGCGAUUAAACUCAACGUCACCUGGCUAGGCCCACUCGGGGACCAUCAGGUGAAACCUGACGGCCCUUUGAGAGGUCGGCCCUUGACCCGGACGGCCCUGACGGCCCUUGACGGCCCUUUGGAUUUGAGAGGUCGGGUCCUGGGCCCUAAUGAGCUUCACCAUUUCCUCUUGGGUGAAAGGGGGACCGGCAGAGGCGCAGCCCCACUACAUGAGAAAAUGUACACUGCGAUGGAAUACUGUCAAAAAAGAAUGCAUGAUGACAAACACUGGUAACUCUGUGUUGUUGCAGUACAAGUCGCAUGCUACCAAUGACCAACAUGUAUUGGUAGAUUACAUCAUGUUUAGCAUCUUAUAUCAUGUUCAGCAUCUCACAUCAUGUUUAGCAGCGAGAGUAUUACUUUAGCGAUCAAGAUUUGACACAUGUAGCCACCCCUAAGGUCGCUGCGAGAAUGGCUUUCUGCGAGUGCUUCCGCCCUUUGUAAACAUUACCAGAAAAUUGUUUCACAGGGAUUGGGCGCAAGUAUCUCUCAAUGGCUUACACCCAAUGGUAAUUUGAGACUGAUUUCAUUUUAUGGAGAGCAUUGAGAAAUGGCUGUAGUUUCUUUUUAUACUGGUCAUACCUUUCUCUCUCUCGAGAAGUUCUAGCAGGUAGGUGAAACAAUCGAUAUUUAAGGUUGUACGCAGAGUUCUGUUUAGUGCCAUUUUCUUCAUAACAAGCAGUACAGUUUCAUAACAUAAUCAACGCGGCUAUGUCACCUCCCUAUGCCGUUGCACAGAAUCACCAAUAGGAUCAAACGUAGUUUUUUUUUUCAUUCGUUAUUCCGUAUUAUGUGUGCAAAUAAUUUCAUCACUGAAAUACAACAAAACUAGAAAAAUACCAGACUACUUGAGUUCACGAUUUCAGGUGGAAUUUAAAUUUAUUAUUCUAGACGGCAUAAGCAAUGUAAUAAGCCACAAUCGAUGAACCAAUCGUAUAAAGAUAUGUGUGGCGUUGGUGUUUCAGUUUCUGCGAGAGCUUGGGGUUUUCAGUGCCAAUAGACCACAAGAAGAAAUUUGCAUGAUUCUCUGUGACGCACCACACCCUAAAAGAAAUGGCUAACUUAAUAACUAGUGACAAUCAGUCACUAAAACACUGCAUUUCAUUCUUCAUCGGUUUCCUGCUUUUUCAUCAAGUUGACAAAGGAAAUACAUGGCCUAGUCAUGAGGCGUAUGCCUCUUUUAGCCUUUCAUGUUUUUGUAUUGUACACUGAAGGUUUCAGCAAUAAAUGUUUUUUUCGAA